AUGGACUCGAGCUAUGGCGGGCCUGGCGAUCAAAUGGCAGGGUACGACCAGUCGAACCAGAACGAGCAGCUCCAGAUGCUUCUCCUUCAGCAGCUCCAGCAAGGGUCAGAGCCCUCGAACGACAGGCGGUACGGAGAGUACUACAGCAGGGGAGAAUCGUCGAGGUCAGGAUUCGACAGACGUGGAAACGUACCUCCUGAGAUGGGAGGAGGAUACGGCUCUAGCCGCUACGAACGAGGAUACUCUCAAGACGAUUACGGCGGGAUGAGCCAUGGACAGCGAGGAGAUGACCCGAGGGAUCAGAGGAGGGCGCAAGACCUCCACAGGCAGCAGAUGCUGGAGCAGCAGCAGGCUCGCCUUGCUGCACAGAAAGAACAAGAGAGACAGGAGAGGCUGAUGCAGCAGCAAGAGCAUAUCCGGGCGCAAAGAGCCUCUCAGAUGGGCAGCAGCUGGUCCGGUCAGGGUAGCAUGUCCCAUGGGCCCAUGGUUGGAGGACCGAAGAGGUGA